AGCCGGCGUAUUUUACUUCAACGAAUUCCAAUUUCUGCUACUGAAGACCUUCGUUCUCAUUUUAUUGGUUACUUUGUUAUUGAUUGUUAUUUCUUGGCGUGUUUACGGCAAACGGAUUUCUGAGCGGUUUAUGAAACCAGGCAUGGAAUCUUAGACUGCAUGAAGGUAGAGGUCCCAAUCCCCGUCAGCAUAAUACCAACAUUAGCAAUCCAAGCCACAUUGGAUACAAUAGAACAGCUUAAAGAAAGUGUUUCAAAGCUAAAACUGCCUAAAGAGCACACACCGAGAAUAUAAAAUGGCGGACAAGAUUAUAAAUUUUUUUAAGAAGAAAAAGUCAGAUGUUCAGUUUAAGCGGGCAGGGCCUGGGCACAAGCUUAGUGAGGCAACGUUGGGUAGUCAGAGCUCGGCGUCGGUGAAGAAUGAGCCGGUGGUUAGGAGGACCGGUUUGUCGGAAGAGAGUAAGACUGCCGCUGAAGCAGCGCUGGCAAGGAUGCAGAAAAAGAGCACUAACCCUGGAUUCAACACAUCUUAUGCUGCUAUACAGGCGCAAGUUAAGAAGGAACUUGAAAACGAGAAGGCGACAACUUCUAAGCAGCCAGAACUGAAACCAGACAGCGACGCUCAAAAAGACAACACAGAGCUGUUGUUACCUAAGAAUAUGGCUACAAAUGGUGUGUUUUUCAAAUGUCCAAUGAUUAACGAUGAGGUUUUAACUAAACAAGAAUGGAAAGCGAAAAUAAAAACGUUUUUGUAUGAACAGCUAGAGGAAGAGAGAGGGCUGACAGCCUGUCUCAUAAUACAGUCCUGCAAUGAUAACAGGGAAAAGGUUAACACCUGCGUGGAAACGCUGUGCAAGUACCUAGAAAACAUAGUCACUUAUCCAGAGGAGGAGAAGUACCAAAAGAUCAGGAUGUCCAAUAGAGCGUUCACAGACCGCGUACAACCUAUAGAGGGCUCCAUGGACCUGCUGAUGGCAGCCGGGUUUACUCAGCAGACGCUGCCCAACCCGGAGGGUCAGGUUGAAGAGUACUUGGUGUUCGACAAGGACAACGUGCCGAGCGUCGAGAGUUUGAUUACCCUAAUAGAAGCGCUCCGUUCAGCCGAGCCAAUACCUCUGGAACUAGACCGCGGUCUGCAAGUGCUUCUGCCAUCGCAGGCCGUCUCCAAGGUGCAGCUCCCGCCAUCUUUCUACGCGCUCAAGCCUGAAGACAUCAAGCGAGAACAACAACUGAGAACCGAUGCCAUAGAGAAGAUGCAGAUGCUGCGCACGAAGGCGAUGCGCGAGAGAGACGAGCUGCGCGAAAUGCGCAAGUACAAGUUCGCCAUCAUACGGGUUCGGUUCCCCGACGGGAUACUUUUGCAGGGCACAUUUUCCGUCUACGAGCACUACAGCGAAAUCCACGACUUCGUCCAACAAAACCUAGAGUACGACCUGCCUUUCAUCCUCAACACGCCUACCGGCCAUAAAUUGACCCUAGAAGAGGACGCGACUAAGACCCUUAUCGACCUUCGGCUGGUACCGGCUACAGUGCUCACUUUCGCGUGGCACGUGUCCGUGAUCGAUCAGAUCAAUAGCAGUCCCAAUAAGGAUGUGUUUCUGAAGCCAGAAGUUAUGGUUCUUGUUAAUGAGAUUUAGGAUUGUGAUAGCAAUGAAUGAUGGAUGACGCUUA